AUACCGGUUACUCCUCUCACCUAUGUCCCCAUAGUGAAUCCUCGGUCUAUAUUACCUCUGAUUGACUCUAAUUGGAGGAAGGACGAGAUAGGCUUGCCUCCUUUACAACAAGAAGAGAAGCAAGCGGUCCGUUUGAUUGUAAUUCGACGUAAAAAGAUGAAGAAACAUCAGAGGACGUAGCUGUGGAAGAGGAUGAGGUUUCGCUGGGCUCGGGUGAAGAACAACCGUCGCUUAAAAAAGGAGAAGAUCUUCCAGCAUGAACUGCUGUCUAUGGUGAAGCAAGCGAACGAGUUCUCGGCAGAACAGUACGUGUCUGCUAAGCUGCAAAAAGCCAACCACACUCCGCUGCCCACGCGCUGGCGAUACAAGCGGCUGCCGGAGUUCAUCAUCAGACAACUGCUGGGCAUCAACAAGAAAAUCAACUAUAAACAUACUGAUGUUUAUAAAGCGCGAAUUUGUAUAGUUAAAUUUGUAUAUUUAAUAUAUAGUUACCACAUAAUCGCAGCAUUGUUUCCUAUAAUUCUUACCCAUGCUACGGAAUCCGGCAAGUCCACAGCAAAGAACUAA